UCGCACGGAAGUCUCGCGCAUUUGGCAGCCUCAGAGGCACAACGAAAGCAGAAGAAACAGCGACUGGAGAGACGAGAAGGGACGGACGGCCCUUUGGCUGAGCUGAACUAUUUGGAUUUCGGGCGAAAGAAGCGGCGAUUACUAAAAUGACCAGAGGAAACCAACGCGAGCUUGCACGCGCGAAGAAUGCCAAAAAAAACAAUGAACACGGUAAAGGGAAGAGGGGCGAUGAUGGGCUCUCUGCUGCUGCUCGGAAGCAGAGGGAUGCCGAGAUAAUGCAACAGAAGCAGAAAAAGGCGAAUGAAGGGGGAAAAGAAGACACCAAGUCCAAGUAAAGAAUGAAGUCGAAGACAAAUUCAACUCCGCUUCAAUAACAUCCCACGUUCAGCAUUCUUCCUGAUAUUUAUGAGAAUGGAUCUGUCAUUUUUGUCUAGCCUCAAGAAUCUAGGAUCCUACAUUCUUCCCUAUGGCAAAUGACAUUGCUUGUUGGAUUUGUCAUUUUUACUUGGUGAAAUUAUGUCUGAGCAAGAAAACGGUUGUCCCACGUUGGUGCUGCAUGCAAAGGAGCAUCAUUGGUGUAAGCAGCAGGAGAAAGAUGAACAAUUCUUGACACAAAACACCCAUGUAACAGUUGUGUAUUUUUGUACAAAAAUGUCCCCUGCUGGUUUCAAAUAAAGUGUAUCUUUUUAGUUCAUGCUUGCUUCAGUUAUUCUGAAUGUUGGCGUUUAAAGACAGUUUUUGUAAUAUUCACACAAUCUGUAAUUCUGUUGUGGAAGCAUUAAAAGGCCAACGUUUA